AUGAUGGUCCCCAUCAACUCUGAUACUGCCAUCGCGCCACAGGAAGAUACCGCGAUGUCAAAAAUGACCGAACAGACCACAGAUCCAAUUCUAGAGACCCUUGAAGUAUCUCGAGAAGAGUGGCUUGGCCUUACAGACCGCGCGGAGCGAAGGCGGACACAAAAUCGAAUCAAUCAGCGGGCUCGUCGUAUGCGACAGCGUCUGUGCACGCGCGAUAAGAAAGACAUUCACCCAAAGACGGUCACCCACACAACCUCGUCUUCAACGACAUCCAAGCCCUCAUCCUCUCGCUCGUCAUCCAACUCCUCCGCUUCAUCAAGUACACUCGUCCACGUCCCUCGUCCUGGUGGCGAUGGGACGCAAUCAGCGCCGGGAUUCUCGCAUGUCGCCGACCUACCUCUGACAAACCCCCGACGUGGCAACUGUCCACCUACAAGUCUUACCAGUGCCCUCGUGCACCAAUUCGCCGAAGCCGCCGUUCGAAGCUACACGCUCGGUUCGCCAACGUCAGACCAUCUUCUUACCCUGGCCAAAAUGAACGUCUUUCGCGCAUUUGGACGGAAUAUCACAAUCAUCGGCUGGGACUUGGACUAUCUGCAUGACGACGAUGCAAUCUCUCCCUUUAGUCUACAAUUACCGGGUCCCUACCAGAAACAGCUGACCUCAUCCGCAAUCACUCGAUCCCCAUCUCCCUCAUCUUCCUCCGGUGCUGUUGCCCUCGACACCGACUACAGUAACCUUCCCGUUUCCCUUCGACCGACUCGAUUACAAAAAUCCAUCCCUCAUCACCCAUGGUUGGAUUUCUUCCCAUUGCCCAAAAUGCGCGACAAUCUCAUUCAAGCAGGGGACGAUUGGGACGACGAAGCGCUGUGCCAUGACAUCAUGGGCUUCUGGGAUAACACGUCCCUGUCCACGCCGGCGCUCUUGGUGUGGGGUGAUCCGUGGGAUAUUCGGAACUGGGAGCUCACCGAGGCAUUUCUGAAGAAGUGGUCGUGGAUCGUGAGAGGGUGUCCGGAGAUUAUGGACGCGACGAACUCAUGGCGAAGGAAGCGUGGGGAGAAGUUGAUUCUUCGGUAUAUUUGA